AUGGCAUCUCUGUCUUCUCACAUUCUAGUCCUUCCCUAUCCUGCCCAGGGGCACAUCCCUCCUCUCAUCGGCUUCUCUGCGGCACUGGCGGAUCGCGGCGCGCUCGUGACGCUGGUGAAUAUUGCGAGCAUCGAUUCCAGGAUCCGGGAGCGUUGGACAUGGCCAAGGGAGCUGGAGGGCAGCAUCCGGUUCGAGAGCUUAGAUUUCCCCUACGACAUUCCUCAAGGGUACGAUGCGUCCUGCCAUGUAGAUCAGGGAAAUUUCGUCCAGGCCCUUCGCGGCGCGCAGGUCCCAUUCGAAGAUCUGCUGAGAGAGAUGCUUAAUCGCGGCGAGCGAGUUUCGUGCAUCGUCGCAGAUUAUCUCUGGGGAUGGCAUGUCGAGUCUGCCAAGAAAUUUGGGGUUUCUUGUGCGUCCUACUGGCCUGGGAGCGCGACUUGGAUCAAUGUCCACUACCAUUUGCCCCUUCUUAUAUCAGCCGGUGAGGCACCGAUUAAAGAUGGCGACGAAAGAACGAUUUCCUACGUUCCGGGGCUCUCUCCAACGAAGCUCAAGGAUUUCCCAUACUACGCAAGGAUGGAAUUCAAGGGAACGCUCGAGUAUUUGAUGCAAGAGCAAGAAAAAACUCUCAGGAACUUCGGUGACAACUCGUGCUUACUGAUAAACUCGGCCGAAGAGUUGGAACCAGAUGCCUUCCAGUCCUUGAGAAAAGUUUUUGGAGAGAAGUGCACAGGGGUCGGGCCACUUUUUAAUCUGGAUCCAGCGAGAACAAGGCUUUGUCACAGCUUGCGAGAAGAAGACGGUGGCUGCAUAGCUUGGCUGGACACUCAAGCUCCAAAGUCGGUGCUUUACAUCUCCUUUGGCAGCGUUGUUGCGCUACCCGACUUGGAGCUCCAGGAACUCUCAAAGGCAGUGUUAGAAAUGGAGAGGCCUUUCCUUUGGGUGCUUCCGCCAGAGCAGAAGAACGAAAGCACCAAAGAGAUCACCGAGGCAGCAAGAGCUUCCUCCUUCACAAGAGGCCGGAUAGUAUCCUGGGCACCGCAGCUCCAAGUUUUGUCACACGCAUCGGUGGGAGGAUUUCUCAGCCACUGCGGCUGGAACUCGGUGCUCGAGGCCGUGACAAACGGAGUGCCUGUGCUGGGGUGGCCAUGCGCGAUCGAGCAGAACCUCAACUGCAAGGUGCUUGUUCACGACUGGAAGGCGGGCCUGAAGAUCGACAAGGCCGAGAAGGACGGGAUCAAGGCCGCGAUCGAGAAUCUGAUGGGAGGAAGCUGGCUUGAUCGUGCACAGGAACUUCGUGAGGUUGUUCUAAAGAGCGUGAGAGCUCGUGGACUUGUAAGCGAUCCGGUGUUGGAAAUCGCUCGCUCAAAACGAUAAAGGCAUUGCUAAAAAUCAAACGUUGCUUGUCCAAUUAUUAUUUUUGGCGAUCAGGGCGAUGUCAACAAGAUCAAGGCUAGAAACACUAGGCUGAUCCAUAACCGACAUUUUCUCGAGGACUCCCCGGUACGUCUUCUCUUUGGGCCAUAAAGUUUCUUUGAGCUUGCUGAUUUGCUUUAGUCUUAAUUAUAUCAGACCUUGAUUUUUCAAGUCUAUAUUAACUUACUUUGUGUGACACAUGGCAUUCUACGUCGGGACGACGUCCUGUGUGUGAAGCCCGAACGCUUGGAGUUGUGUGGGCCCUUUAAGUUCGCGCUAUAUCCAGUCGAGGGUGGUGUUGGGCUGAUCGAGUCCACAACUUGCAUAGCAGAGCUCGUGAGCCCAGCUUCGCAUCUACGUCCCUGGCAAGAGGAGCAGUUUAAAGAAGGAUCUCCCAGGUGGACAGCAUCCUGGCGUGUCGUCGUGACUUAUCCGAAAUGCUGCAAGCACCGCACCUGCUACAAAAAAAAUGUAGAUCUUGGCGAGAGCAGCGGCGCCGCUGUGGAAAGUAGUGAUGGAGCGAUAGAGCGAGACAUUUUCCAGGCAUGUCGAUCCAGACAAGGUCGCUUCCAAGAGAAGUUUCUUUUGUUUUAACAAAGUAACGCACUGCUGGUCUAGCGGUA